CGUGCUGACGUUGAUCUUCAAGAACAGUGUAGUUUGGUUUAUGGUGCGGAGGUAACGCGGUACUGACGACUCCGCAGUGAAACAGUCUGAACAUGAGUGCGAGUUUCGGGAAAUCCGUGUUGAUAACGGGGUCCAGCAGAGGAAUAGGAUUACAGCUGGUGAAAGAGCUAGCUAAAAGCAGCAACAGACCCGCUACAAUCAUAGCGACAGCCCGCAAUCCGACUGGAUCUGUGGAUCUGCAAGAGCUCUCCAAAACCUACCCAGGGGUUCAUAUUGUGACAUUAGAUGUGGACAGCCAGCAGAGUAUCAGCUCAGCCGUGGAGGAGGUCCAGUCCAUUGUAAGGAAUAACGGACUGAACUGUCUGAUCAAUAACGCUGCCAUCGGACUCCUUACAGACAUAAACACUGUUACCCCAGAGGCCAUGAUGGAGAACUUCCAGGUCAACAGUGUUGCACCACUGUUCGUCACAAAGGUAGGCCGACAGUUGUCGGUACGAUGAAAGUUUUAUGAACUU